AUGUCAGAUACAGGUCUCUAUCAGCGAAGGCAACCCCCCAGUCCUCUCGUCUUUUCUCCGGAUGCCAUUCUUUCCCCAGUGCCCCUCCAGGCCCAGCAGCAGCAGAGUAUGGCCAGCGUUACCCAUGGCUCAGGAUCAAACACCGUCUCCAUGCCCUUUGUUAGGCGGCAUGUAACUAGGCGGCUCAAGGCCGCGAAGACAGAGUGCGAUAAGGAGCUUCAGCGGGUCACCAACAACAUUACGGCCUUUUUUGAGGAGCGUCUGAGGGAGGGAGACCAUGAGUCCGAGCGGGAUCGUCGUGACCGCGAUCAGGACUCCCAGCAGGGUGACUAUGAGUCCCUUCGCGAUGCGUUUGUCUAUCAGCAACCCACAGAAUUUGGCACCGCUACUCAGCAUUCCGAUGAAUACGCUUCGGAUGGUGGCUACGAUGCAGAGCCAGAGUAUAGUCGUCACAGUCGUCAACGUGCGUACCCACAAGAACCAGCUUCACGACCUCCCUCACUCAUGAUUCAUCCUUAUUCAUCCCCUGGCCUUAAUCCAGAAUCUGCCCAAAUCAGUCCCGCGUCGUUGCGUAGACAAAGUACUGCACCCUGGGACAGGCCCCUCAGUAGCUCCGUUUCUUCCAGCGCUUUGGCAUCCAGUCCGGCAUCAUCCACCAUCAUGUUACCCGAUGUACCACUCACUCGGAAAUCUUCAAACCACGCCCAUGCUCCUGCAACUCCCUCAUGGGGAUCUACUAGUGCUUCGUCUCGCCGCCUGUCGCGCACGAUUCAUAUCCCUUCAAGACCUACUCAUUCAGGACAAAGUUCUCGUUCUACGUCUCGAUCCCGCUCGCCUUUACCACCAUUGUCUUCCCACGCGAGCUUUUCAGAGUAUGCCGUCAGCUCAGGCUUCAAUCGUCGGUCCUCCCGCAUUCUCGUCGAUGAUCCUAUCGACCCCAUCAUGUCCGCUCUCUAUGAAAUUAUCAGUGUUGCGACGGAUGUGACAGAUACGACCAUUGCACAACUCACUAGUCAGCCAAAGAUGAUGGAAUCGAUCGUUCAACGGGUCCAGAAUAUUGGCAAGACUUGGGACGAUCAUCCAGAUUGGCACGGGCGAAACUGGUAUGUCCAGGUUCUCCUUGCUGUGGCCAGCCUUAGUCGUGUCGUGGAAUGGUGGGAAGCGGAGAAACAGUUUUGGAACUUCGAUGAGAACGAAGAUGAACAAGACGAGCCCUUAAUGUUUGUCACAAAACCGGCAGAGGACACUGGGCCACUUGCGUCUUCAUCGCUUCAACAAAUUGAAUCUGGCCUGGAAGGCUUCAGGUUGGACGACGAUCAUAACGUUCAUAUUCCUCCAACACCGCCAACUGUAACAAGAAAGUCAAGGGACGAACAGACAAAGGACGUCACACAUUCUAGGCUUGCUCCCCCAGAACCCAUCAAACCUCGCGUUCCUGUUACACCCUCUAAAACUCCUGAAGCCGCGGAAUCAGCGCGUGUUCUUGCUACUGAGCGUCUGAGACUACAAGCUGAGACUGCUCAAAAUCAAAACAUCGUCGUUGAACUGAGCCUGGACGGUGAUCACUUUAUUUGGGUAAACCAUGCCUGGAGAGUCGUUGUUGGGACCGAUCCAGAAGGCCUGCCAGGUACUCGGAUCUCAAGUUUACUAUCACCAAGUGACUGGGGCGUGUUCAAAGAGGCUAGCCAAAGACUGCAAGACGAUGACUCGCAUACCGUCGAAGUCCGGUUCAAAUUGCAGAUUGAGCCGAAUGUGGAUCACGACCCAUCAGCUGGGUCACUUUUCCAGCAAAUGGAAGGCAAAGGUAUGCUAAUGAUUGACCGCGAGGAUGGGCAACCAUCGCAUACUAUGUGGGUUAUCAAGCCCAUUGCUCCCGCGCGUUUCGAGCAUGACGCGCCUACGAUUGCUCUCGCUGAAGGAGACCUCGCUCCCGAACCAGCGUCCACCAUCCGCCCGACAUUUCUCGAGCCUCCUGGCCUUGAACCCGUCACCCCAUUCCCGUUCAGUCAACCUAUUUGUAUCGACCCUAUUCUUUGUCGCAUCUGUGAGUGCAAGAUACCUCAGUGGUACUUUGAGAAGCACAGCGAAACAUGUGCCGAAACCCACCGUCUGGAGGCCGAGAUUGUUGAAUGUAAUGAAUCUAUCGCGGAGCUCCGUAAUACCAUUCGCGACCUUUGCGUGGCUGUAGAUCGACCUGCACCUACCGCUGUUCCAGAGUAUCGGGGAAUGCAAAUCUUUACGCCUUCGACAUCCCCAAUUGUAUCUUCCCCUCUUCAAAUGUUCCGCGCAAAUAAGAUGCAGAGGAUAGGCGUCAAGAAAAUGCAGAGGCGGUUCUUGGAUCAGAUCGAUGAUAUCCUGCAAGUUGCUUCCGAAAUCGAGAUGCCCUCACUCAAGGAAGAAGAAGCUCAAGAACCUAUUGAACGUCAGAGACUGCUUUCCCCCGGCUCUGAGCGUAAAAUUACUCAGAUACGACAAUGGUCAAAGCCAACCACUGAAGAUGCUGCCCUCGGACAACUACUGCAAGAUGCUGAGCGCGUAAUGCGCCAAAAGAUUGACAAUGUUGUACGCAUGCAAAACACUAUACGAUACUCUGAAAAGAUUUGGCAUGAGUGGCAAGAGAGAGUCGAGACCGUUCUGGCGACUGCGGAGGAAUCGGGAAGUGAAAGUGAAGGGACUGGGUCGAAUGAAGAGAAUGAGGUUGAGGGCGACCAGGAACACGACGUCAACGACACUGCUAGCAUCACCUCCGAGUACGGUGGCGGGAGCGGGAAUGGAAGUCAACGGAUUGCUGAACCUGCUCCGGUGACAUCUUCGCCACCAGCCUCAAUAAGCCCUGCGCAGCCACGACCAGCAAGCGUUGGGACAUUUCCGGUCGCGAAUCCUCCAGUCCUUCAUUCGAGGCAACAACUUCACACGAGAUCGUCCACACCUUCAUCGGUCUCGUCUCCCCUUGCGCUGGCAGCUCCCAUUGUUGCCCCGCCGUCUCCCGAGGAAUCUAUGCCACCGAUGCUACUUGACGAAAGCCCUCGGGUAACCGGAAUCAAGUCUCGUAAGUCUAUUCAAAACUUGUUGGAGCCCAAGUUUGUGAUCACGCCUCCAACAUCACCGCUCGUUACAGCUCGUGACGGUAGCUCUGGAUCUCUGACUAGGGAAUCGUCCGUGAAACGUAGCCACCGCCGACACUCCACUGCGAACCUGUUGACUAGUCCCCCUGUUACAGGCCCGCUUUCACCGCGACAGGCUUUGACACAGACGAUAGCACGGACAACGCCCACGUCUAUCAAGGAUUUCGACAUCAUCAAACCUAUCAGCAAAGGUGCAUUUGGUUCUGUCUUCCUCGCAAAGAAGAAAGCGACGGGCGACUAUUACGCCAUCAAAGUUUUGAAGAAGGCUGACAUGAUUGCUAAAAAUCAAAUCACCAACGUCAAAGCUGAGCGCAUGAUUCUUAUGAAACAAGCGGAAUCUCCAUUUGUGGCCAAGCUUUACUUUACUUUCCAAAGCAAGGAAAACCUUUACUUGGUCAUGGAAUAUCUCAAUGGUGGAGACUGCGCGGCACUCAUUAAAUCGCUUGGAUGUCUUCCAGAGGAAUGGACGAAGAAUUAUAUCGCGGAAGUAGUUCUUGGGUUGGAAUAUCUCCAUCAACGUGGUGUCGUACAUCGUGAUUUGAAACCAGACAAUCUUCUCAUUGAUCAACACGGGCAUUUGAAGCUUACAGAUUUUGGACUAAGCAGAAUUGGAUUACUCGGUCGUCAAACUCGUGAAGGACAAGCUGGAAGACCUUUGACGAGAUACAAUUCUAGAUCCCGGCCACCUUCAAUGGACUCGGCUUUCCUCUCAUCGCCUCUGAUAUUCCCAGACCCAACUAGUGGAGGUUCGUACUUUACCCAGAGGACAAAUAUGGUUCCCCCUAUAGGAAACAGCCCUUAUCUACCUCCUACAGAUGACUAUGGCGAGUCGAGCGGCUCGGAAUCUGUCGUGGGACUCCAGACUCGGCGCAACACUCGGAUUGCCGACAGUCCUUUGCAAUCGUUUGCUAAUGAACUGACUACAGAUCUUCGUUCACAUUCAAAUUCGGGCGGUGGAACGCCACCUGGCGAACAAAAGUUUGUUGGCACACCGGAUUACCUGGCACCUGAAACUAUUUUGGGUCUUCGCGGAGAUGAUGCUGCGGUCGAUUGGUGGGCUCUUGGUGUCAUCACCUAUGAAUUUCUCUACGGCAUCCCUCCCUUUCAUGCCGAAACUCCCGAAAAAGUGUUUGAAAAUAUUCUGUCGGGACACAUUGAAUGGCACGAAGAGUGGAUCGACUUUUCGCAAGAGGCCCGGGAUUUCAUGGCGGCGCUUAUGACGCUCGACCCCAACGAACGUCUUGGUUCAGGGGGCGCAGAAGAAGUGAAAAAUCAUCCAUUUUUUGCUGGCAUCGAUUGGGAGAAGGUUACAACGACGGAGGCUGCUUUCAUACCCCAGGUCUCCGAUCCUGAGUCAACUGACUACUUUGAUCCUCGCGGGGCUAUUCCACAACUUUUCCAAGAUGAGGAUCAGGUUGCCUUGCAAAACCAGACAACAUUAGAUAGUCCUACCGGAAGUAGCAUGCCACCGCCGUCUGUGCCUAUCCCUAUUGCUGGCCGGGAAGCUCCGUUAUCUGGUGGAAGUGACGACUUUGGGUCUUUCAGUUUCAAAAAUCUUCCUGUUUUGAAGCAGGCCAACGACGAUGUGAUUCGAAAACUCAAGACGGACCAGAUGGUGCCAAUCACCCACACAUUGACAGAACCUGCCAACUUUCACCACCAACGGAAGCGAAGUAUGUCACAGAGGAUGAAGAAGCCCCCCAGUGUUGUCACCAACAUGGAACCAAGAAUGCCUGCUGGCCCACCGUCUCCCGCUACCUCGACAUCUUCGAUAGCCUCUUCGCCUUCGCGCACAAGUCUCCCACCACCCACACCAGGUAGCGGCGGUCAUAUUCGGAAGCCCUCUGAAUACGGUGCUGUUGAACGAUUUAAACUCAAUCAUAUGGAAGGGGUUGAUCGUAGAAACUCUAUGCCUAGCCGACUUCGAACUGCCUCUGUCUCAAGUGCGGGCGACGGUUCUGGUUCAGAAACGUGGCAGUCAACAGGUUAUGGAAGUCAGCAUGACUCUAAUACUCCUCCGUCAUCAGUGCAUUCAAUUGAUUUGAGGAAAGGUCCUGAUCCAUCUGAUCGUAUCGUCACUUGUCUUCUCGCGGAAGACAAUCCUAUCACAGCGAAGAUCAUUGAGACGUUGCUUAUUCGUUUGGGUUGCCGGUGUGUUGUCGUUGCCGACGGUUCAGAAGCGAUCAGUGUGGCGAUGGGGGACAUCAAAUUUGAUUGCAUCCUCAUGGAUCUACAAAUGCCUGUUUUGGAUGGCGAAGGUGCUGCACGUUAUAUCAAGAGUACAAAUGGCAAAAACACAAAUACUCCUAUCAUUGCUGUUAGCGCCUACAGCGGCGUGGAUCCUAAUGAUACUAGCAAUAUCUUUGCAGCCUCCCUCGCUAAACCGCUGCAAAAAGCCGAUCUUAUAUCGGUCAUGCGCCAACUUGGCUUCAAAACCUCGACGAUGCAAGGUGGAACGGCUCACCCGAAAGUGACUGCUUCUCACCCCAUAGCGACAUGA